AUGAGUGCAACUCUGAUUCCUCUGACUUGUCUUCAUACUUCAGUCGUUGUAAACUCCAUCCGAGUAGAGAAUGGAAACUGGAUCCUGUAUGAACAUCCCAACUACAGAGGACACCAGUAUUUUUUGAGGAAGGGAGAGUAUCCUGACUUCCAGCAAUGGAUGGGAUACAAUGACUCUAUCAGAUCCUGCCGUCUGACCCCACAGCACCGUGGACCCUUCAGAUUAAGUGUCUAUGAAAGAGAAGACUUCAAAGGACAGAUGAUGGAGUUUACUGAAGAUUGUCCUCAUGUUUAUGAGCAGUUUCGCUACAAUGAUAUCCACUCCUGCCAUGUACAUGAUGGAUACUGGAUGUUCUAUGAGGAGCCCAACUACAGAGGACGUCAGUAUUACCUGAGACCUGGAGAGUACAGGAGAUUCACUGACUGGGGAGCUUCUAACUCUAGAAUUGGUUCUUUUAGACGUGUCCAGCAUCAGUAUUAA